AUGCCUGCAGAGAUGGCGGCUAAGCCCGGCACCAAGACGAGAGGAGAAGAUGAAGAAGUAGCACGGCGGAGGUUGUUCAAGGGAACUCGUUUGUGCAAGUUCUUUUUAGCUGGCUGCUGCUCACGUGGAGAAACCUGCAAUUUUGCGCACUCCGUCGAUGACCUCAAGCAAUUUCCGGACUUCUCCAAGACUAGGCUGUGUGAGCCCUUCAUGAAGAGUGGCACAUGUGAGCAGGGCACCUUGGCCUGCCAGCAACACUGUAGCAACAUCAACGUGUCGUCCAGCGGAAACUGUGUCAAUUGCAAGUUUGCUCAUUGCCGUGAUGAGCUUCGACCAAGCUACAUCUCCUCCGCGAAGUCUAAACGGGCUGCAACCGGGGCAGCUUCUUCACAAGUUCCACAAGAGCCAGCGCAGGCAUGGACCGAGAUUGAACAUUGCUCUAACUUGCUCUUCGACAGUGAAGCCUUGCAGGUGCCAGCGACAGCUGGCCAGGAAGGAGAACAGCCGGUCUCCCAGCUUCAAUCGUUGAUGCCAGCGACGAAGGCCGGCAUCAUUCACAGCGCCGCCAUGUACACCCUGAUCUUGCAGGGGCUCAGCGGCCAAGGCGGUCAGGGUGGACAAGGACCAACAGGACAAGGAGUAGGAUCUGGACAGGCAAGGUGUGAGUCCCUACGGCUUCCCAUGCAGUGUACCACCGGCCAGCCAUGCCAGCCUGAAAGGGUAUGCCCCGCAUCACCAUGCGAGAUAGACAAGGGAGGCUCCAACUGGAGCAGGCAGUCCACAGAAGUGGUAGACGAAGAUGGACGUCGUUUCAGCCGGCAAACUACAGAGGACCCGAGCUACAGUCGCCAGACAACUGCCUUUAGCCGCCAAACUACUGAGGAACCUUCUUACAUCGUCGGCAGCAGCCGUCAAGCACCAGAAGAGCCGCGACGGCCAUUGCCGCUUUCGGAGCUACUCAGCCUUCCAGAGCCUGAACCCGGUGAGCCCACCGAGUCCUCUCAGCAGCCCAGCAGAGCGGUGAGUCGUGGCAGCUCCGAGUACGAAGCACGGGAGCGCUCUGAAGAGCUCAAUGUUCGGUUGAAGAACACCUUCCUCCAUUUUGAGACGGCACAAACAUCAGAUGCGAGCACAAAGGUGAAGGCGCGCCCCUCUUCGUUGCCACCAAACUUCCUCGGGCGUGGUCCUGGAAUGAAUGGACGCUCAGGUAGUUAG